AUGGAGGAAAUACACUCUCAAUUGAAUCUUCUCAAAGAGGUCAAGAAGCCUGCUCAGGCAGCUAAUUCUUCAGCCAAUGUGGCUCAGACUGAAAACACAGCUGCAGUCAAUCUGAAUAGCAUCUCUGAAGAAUGGAGAAUCACCAACAUAGUGAGAAUAGAAAAAUAUAACAAUAAGAAGAGUAGUGAGAGCAAGAAGACCCUGUCAACUGCAAAUGACAGCUCUGAGAUGUUCCAAAUGAUGAAUCUAGUACAGGUCAUUGAGGUGCCUGUGUACUCUGCUGAAUCAAUCACCAACCCACUCAUUAUAUGA